GAAAUGGCGCAGAAAGGAGUUCAACUAGACCGGGAGGCCUUCUCUUGUUCCAUCUGUCUGGAUCUCCUGAAGGAUCCGGUUGCUAUUCCCUGUGGACAUAGUUACUGUAUGAACUGUAUUAAAAGCCAUUGGGAUAAAGAGGAUGAGAAGACAAUCUACAGCUGCCCUCAGUGUAGGCAGACUUUCACACCAAGGCCUGUUCUGGUGAAAAACACCAUGUUGGCAGUUUUAGUGGAGAAGCUGAAGAAGACUGGACUCCAAGCUGCUCCUGCUGAUCACUGCUAUGCUGGACCUGAUGAUGUGGCCUGUGAUGUCUGCACCGGGAGGAAACUGAAAGCCUGUAAGUCCUGUCUGCAGUGUCUGGCCUCUUACUGUGAGAAACAUCUUCAGCCUCAUUAUGAACUACCUGUCUUCAAGAAACACAAGCUGGUGGAGCCCUCCAAGAAGCUCCAGGAGAACGUCUGCUCUUGUCAUAAUGAGGAAAUGAAAGUAUUUUGUCGUACUGAUCAGCAGUCUAUCUGUUAUCUCUGUUUAAUGGAUGAACACAAAGGUCAUGACACAGUCUCAGCUGCAGCAGAAAGGAGCGAGAAGCAGAGAGAGCUCGAGGUGAGUCGACAAAACAUCCAGCAGAGAAUCCAGGACAGAGAGAAAGAUGUGAAGCUGCUUCAACAGGAGGUGGAGGCUAUCAAUGGCUCUGCUGAUAAAACAGUGGGGAACAGUGAGAAGAUCUUCACUGAGCUGAUCCGUCUCAUGGAGAAAAGCUGCUCUGAUGUGAAGCAGCAGGUCAGAUCCCAGCAGCAAACUGAAGUGAGUCGAGUCAGAGAGCUUCAGGAGAAGCUGGAGCAGGAGAUCACUGAGCUGAAGAGGAAAGACGCUGAACUGGAGAAGCUCUCACACACAGAAGAUCACAACCAGUUUCUACACGACUACCCCUCACUGUCACCACUCAGUGAAUCUACACACUCAUCCAGCAUCAAGAUCCGUCCUCUGAGGUACUUUGAGGAUGUGACAGCAGCUGUGUCAGAAGUCAGAGAUAAACUUCAGGAUGUCCUGAGAGAGAAAUGGACAAACAUCUCACAGACAGUGAGUGAAGUGGAUGUUUUACUGUCAGAACCAAAACCAGAGCCCAAGACCAGAACUGAGUUCUUAAAAUAUUCAUGUGACAUCACACUGGAUCCAAACACAGCACGCACACAGCUGUUAUUAUCUGAUGAGAACAGAAAAGUAACAGCAAUGAGAAAAGAACAGUCUUAUUCUAGUCACCCAGACAGAUUCACUGGUAGGUGUCAGGUCCUGAGUAAAGAGAGUUUGACUGGACAUUGUUAUUGGGAAGUGGAGUGGCGAGGAAGAGGAGUUUAUGUAGCAGUCACAUACAAGAAUAUCAGCAGAGCAGGGGGCUCAGAUGAAUGUUGGUUUGGACGUAAUGACAAGUCUUGGGCGUUAGAUUGUUACAACAACAGUUAUGACUUUUGGUACAACAAUGUCAGGACUCCUGUCUCAGGUCCUCGGUCCUCCAGAGUAGGAGUGUACCUGGAUCACAGAGCAGGUAUUCUGUCCUUCUACAGCAUCUCUGAAACCAUGACUCUCCUCCACAGAAUCCAGACCACAUUCACUCAGCCUCUACAUGCUGGACUCUGGAUUCAACAUUUUGAAGAAUCUGCUGAGUUUUGUAAGCUGAAGUAGACAGAAGUCAUUAGGGGACAAUGUGUUAACAUCUGUGUUUUUUUUCCAUGUUUCUACAGAAA